CAGUAAGAAUAUUGAUGAAGAGAAUAUGCCGUUGGAGUACUAGUAGAGAGAGUUAAGGAAGAAGAUUCCGUGAGUCAUUCGCAUCUCUCUAACUCUGAUUCUCUCUGCUUAGUUUAACUCGUUCCUUCUCUCUCUCUCUUUAUAGCAUUUCUUCUCCAACAAUUCUUUUCGAGUUUCUACGGCCAUUUCUUCAGGAAGAUUCCAUGAGCCUGCAAAAUGUAUCAAAGUCAAGCAAUGCCCUUGAGGGUAUCCAUGGGGUUCAUGUCACGUCUCAUUCCCCCUUCUCAUUUGAGAAGACAACUCAAAUCGGUGACUUUCAGACCAACACCAAAUCCUCUGUCAUGGAAUCAAAUCAGAGACUGUUCAUCGAACGUUUUUGGCAACAGAGACCCCCAUGCCUACGGCCAAUCUGUUGCAGCAUUCGCGGUGACCAGAGUGUCUUAGAAACAGCUGCUAAUGUGGCUACUUCACUUCCUUUCAUAUUCCUUGGAAUGCAGGCACCGAGGAAGAAUCUGAACACAAAGGUGUACGCAAACUCCUUAAUUGGAGUUGGAAUUGCGUCGAGUCUGUAUCAUGCCUCUAGGGGAAAGUUGAGGAAGUAUCUGAGAUGGGUAGAUUACACAAUGAUAGCCACAACAACAAUAUGUCUCUCAAGGGCUCUAAGGAAUGAGAACCCAAAGUUUUUGAUGGCUGCAUCAGCUUUAGUUCUACCUUUCCAGCCUCUCAUGGUCUCUGCCGUUCACACUGGAAUGAUGGAAGUCGCAUUUGCUAAAAGAAGCUUAAAGGAUCCAGAUCUCAAAACAGCUCAUAACGUACACAAGAUGUCUUCAUUGCUAGGAGGUGCCUUGUUCAUAGCUGAUGAUUUCUUCCCCGAGACACCAUUCAUUCACGCCGGCUGGCACCUCGCUGCAGCCAUUGGAGUUGGAACAUGCAAUAAGCUUCUUGAGUAGAUCAAGAUUUCCGAAAUUCCUACAAAACUUCUCUAUUCUUAAAACAUUGAAACAAAUGGUUUCUCUGUUU